CAAAGUGGUGUUUCUUUGAAGACUGAACACACUGUUGGAAUUUGAAUCUGAGAAAGUGUGUGUUUUUUGUUUACAAAAUUCGAAACUCGCUUGAUGAGAAGGUUUUUAUUUGUACUGUUGCGAAUGACAGUAUUUGCGAUGGUAGAAAUAUGGAAGAAUAGCUUUGUAGCAUACUACAUAACAUGACUCUGGAACCAGGAAUUAUGUUUUUGUGUGGAGCUAUCAAUCACCCUUGAAAGUAUAUUUCGUACAAAAUAUUUACAUUUGCCGCUUCAGCUGUCAGUGAGUGGUUCGUACUAUGUACAUAAUGAAAGCUUCACCUUGUAAUUAAAUGGAUGAAAACAAUUACUUCGUUUAUCUAGAUAUAACAGUCGGAGACGAAAAAGUAGGACGAGUAGUUCUAGAGCUCUUCAAGAAAACUGCUCCGAAGACUGCUGAAAAUUUUAGGGCGUUAUGUACGGGAGAGAGAGGGAUUGGCAGCACAGGCAAAUCCCUGUGCUACAAGAAUACAGUAUUCCACAAGGCCAUUAGCUUAUUCAUGAUACAGGGAGGUGACACCACAAAUUUUGAUGGCACUGGAGGAGAAAGCAUAUAUGGCUGCGUCUUUGAGGAUGAAACAUUUGAAAGCAAGCAUUCAGGGCCAGGUGUAUUGAGCAUGGCAAAUGCUGGACCCAACACCAAUGGGUCACAGUUUUUUAUCACUGUUGUGGCUUGCCCACACCUUGAUGGGAAAAAUGUUGCUUUUGGUGAGGUCAGAGCGGGAAUGGGUGUUGUUAAGUGUGUUGCUGAACAGCCCACUGAUGAGAAUGACCGCCCACUAAAGGAUUGUGUGGUAUCUGGCUGUGGAGAGCUUGGUUAUGGUGAAGACUGGGGGAUUAAUGAGAAUGAUGGCACAGAAGACAUUUAUCCACCAUAUCCUGAAGACUGGCAGUUUCCUACCAAAGAGAUGAAUUACAUUGAAGAUGCAAUAGUGAAGAUAAAGAACUCUGGAAACCAUUACUUCAGGAAAGGAAACAUGACGAAUGCAGAAUCUAAAUAUCAAAAAGCUCUCCGGUAUAUAGAAUGCAGGCUGCGCUCUCAACCAGAAUGUAUCAACGCUGCAGCAACCACAGAACUAGCAUGCCUGCAAAAUAUGGCUGCAACAAAGUUACGUCAGAAUGUUUACCGUGAGGCUCUAAUGUACUGCAACCGUGCUCUGGCACUGGAUGCACAGAGUGUGAAAGCACUGUACAGGCGUGGUCAGGCUUGGCACAGGCUCGGGGAUUACCAGGCUGCCCAACAUGACCUCGGUAUAGCAUUGACAUUGCGGCCAGAUGAUACUCUUAUUAAGGGUGAACUCAAAUCUGUCCAGCAGGAUGCUGUUCAUUACUAUAAAUCUGAGAAACGUCUCUUCAAGAUGAUGUUUCAGUGAGUGUUUGAGCUGCAAACUUGCAAACUGACUAUUUCAGGGGUGACAGGUACAAAAAGUAAAGUGCAAUGUUAUACAUUUACUGGUAGACCAUACCAGCAGAAGAAAGUGGUAUAAGUUUUUUAAGUAAAACUCAGGUGAUUGUUACCAAAUACAGAUGUGCUAAUUCUGAAA